UUUGUUCGUUGUCGGCACUGCAUUGGAGGAAAUCAUCACAGCGUCAUGGUAACCGCCUCCAGUGUAGGAAGACAUCUGCGCUGCUGUCAUUUUAACUGAAGGGAGAUGGCAGCUGCACAGAAACUGUCCUGUUUUCGGUUACCCCCUCUGCCUACCAUAAAGGAGAUUAUCAAACUAUAUAAUCUGAGAGCAGAGAAACAGCUUUCUCAGAACUUCCUCCUAGACCUGAGACUCACAGAUAAGAUUGUCCGGCAGGCGGGAAACCUGAAGGAUGCGCAUGUGUGUGAGGUGGGACCUGGACCUGGGGGCCUCACCAGGUCUAUUCUGAAAGCUGGAGCAGCAGACUUACUAGUGGUGGAGAAGGACACACGCUUUAUUCCAGGAUUACAGCUCUUGUCUGAGGCUGCUCCUGGAAAAAUGAGGAUAGUACAUGGAGAUAUUCUCACAUACAGACUGGAAAAAGGGUUCCCAGCCCACACUGCUAAGACAUGGGAAGAUGUACCCCCCAACCUGCACAUCAUUGGAAAUCUGCCCUUUAGUGUGUCAACUCCUCUCAUUAUAAAGUGGCUGGAACAGAUGUCGAACAGAACUGGGUGCUUUAUGUUUGGACGUACAAGGCUUACACUGACCUUCCAAAAAGAGGUGGCUGAAAGGUUAACAGCCAGCACAGGAAGCCGUCAACGCAGCCGUCUGUCUGUCAUGGCUCAGUAUCUCUGCACUGUCAAAAACUGUUUCACCAUCCCAGGAUGUGCCUUUGUUCCAAAACCUAGCGUGGAUGUGGGGGUGGUGCACUUCACUCCGCUGGCUCAGCCCCAGAUCCAGCAGCCCUUCAAGCUGGUCGAGAGGAUUGUCAAGAACACCUUCCAGUUCCGGAGGAAGCACUGCCGCAGAGGGCUUGAGAUGCUUUUCCCAGAGUCUCAGCGUCAAGAACUGACGGAAGAGUUGCUGCGCAGUGCUGAUGUGGAUCCCACACUGCGGCCCACAGAGAUCUCUAUUUCUGAAUUCAGGGCUUUAGCAGACGCCUACAGUAAGCUUUGCGAGGAGAACCAAGGCCUCAUCGACUAUGACUUCAGAGAAGAACUGAAACUCAGGCAUCAGGCAAAGAGACAGCUGGGAAACAACCGUAAAGGACAUAACCUUCACACCACAGUAGAGGAAAAUGUUAACGACAGCCACUAACACAGCAGACUCUUAAAGGUGACCGUUUCAUCAGCUGAAUUAGCUUCUUUUUUUUUUUGUCUUUUAAAUGGAUGCAGUAUGUAGAAGACUAGCCAACAGUGAGGUAAAUGAAGCAUCAGCUGAAAGUAUUCUGCUAAAAAUAGACGAAGAAAUGCUUUUAGAAAAUGGAAGGAGAUCAAAUUUAUGGGAGAUAUAGUUUAAGAACACUGUUAAUUAUCACAUAAAGCUGUUUUGUAGGAAGAAUAGGAAAAUUUUCUUUAAUCAAUUCCAGUUCCUAGUCAUCAUCUCUGUAUUGAACUGAGGUAUAGAGGGUUGCCCAGAUAACCUGUCACAUGAUAAAGCAGCUAUGGGAACGCUUUAAUCACUUUACAGCUAGAGGCUGACAACCAUCUGUCAGAGGGAAAAAAACAUUUACCAUUGUUACCUAAAAAUAAUUUGACUUUGAUGAAUAAAUACAUCUUUUCCGAGACUUUUUUAAUGUAUGCUAAUAAGAUUAGAGUUAUUUUGUGUCCCUAAGAUCUCACUAUUCUCUUCAUAUUGUUCAAAUCAAAUGCUAAAAGUGUGAUUCAGUUGUCUGUCAAUUUAAUCGUGCAUUUUAUUCCUUUGUUUUUGACAAACAAUAAAAAAAAAAUUGCUGCU